AUGUCGCGACACAAGAUUGUUCGGACGAUGAACCUGGCCGACGAGCUGGACGACUUUGACGGAGAGGAUGACUAUUAUGGAGAAGAAGACGAGGGAAUGUCGCCUGCCGAUAAAGCGAGGAUGGCCGACGGCCUUAAACGCGUUAGAGAAGUCAUUGGGAGCGAUGUACCGUCCCUUACUGACGAAAAAAUCGAAGAGACAUUAUGGUAUUACUAUUUUGAUGUGGAGAGGUCGAUAACCUACCUAUUAAAUCAGGUUGGAGCGACUGAAAAGAAGAAGCAGAAGAAGCCAGUAGUCCCAGAGCCAAAAGCUCCCACACAGAAGGCUGCUAUCAAGGCAAAGCAAGCGUUCGAUGUACCGAGCCCAGAUGAUGUUGUUAUUGCCGCGCAAUCACAAAGCAAAGGAAUUUCUAAAUCUUCUAAAGGGGAAAAGGCUGGGAGCAACACUACGGCUUCGAUACAAAAAGGUGUUGAAGCCCUCAAGGUUGGAGAUACCGCCGAGAAACCCACUCUCCCCAAGAUACCUCGAAAUAAAAUCGACGUUGUCGCGGAAUAUGAGAAGUCUAAAUCAAAAAGAAAAGAAAACGCGAACUUGGUUGUUAUUGGCCAUGUUGAUGCCGGAAAGAGUACAUUAAUGGGGCGAUUACUAUAUGAUUCCGGCGUUGUCGACGAAAGAACCAUCCAGAAAUACAAACAAGAAGCGGAGAAAAUAGGAAAAAGCUCGUUUGCUCUUGCAUGGGUGUUAGAUCAGACGGGUGAAGAGAGAGCAAGGGGUGUUACCAUCGACAUCGCUGUCAAUGCAUUUGAAACAGAAAGAGGAAGAUUUACUAUCCUUGAUGCCCCUGGGCACCGUGACUUUAUCCCGAAUAUGAUCGCCGGUGCCGCGCAAGCCGACUUUGCCGUUUUAGUGAUUGAUUCCUCUCCAGGGGAGUUCGAAGCGGGAUUUAACGUUAGAGGUCAAACCAAAGAACAUGCUCUCUUAGUUCGAAGCAUGGGUGUGCAGCGGAUCAUAGUGGCGGUUAAUAAAUUGGACUUGAUGCACUGGGACCAAGACAGAUUCGACGAAAUCAAGCAGCAAAUGUCCCAGUUCCUCACCACAGCGGGAUUUCAACCUAAGAAUGUCAGCUUUGUUCCCUGUAGUGGCUUGACUGGUGACAAUAUCGUUCGGAAGCCGGCAGAUGGUCUGAUAUCCUGGUAUUCAGGGCCGACGCUGGUAGAAGAACUAGAAACUGCUAAACCGGUAAUCAAAGCAAUCGAAAAGCCGUUAAGAAUGACUAUCGCAGAUGUUUACCGGGGCGGAGUCAUCAACCCGGUCACUAUUUCUGGUAGGAUUGAAGUUGGCAAUGUUCAAGUUGGAGACACAAUCGUAGCGAUCCCUGGAGAUGAGAAGGCAAUUGUGAAGGGAAUCGAAGUCGAUAACCAGACAGCCGAGUGGGCAGUCGCUGGAAAUAACGUACAAUUACAUCUCGCCAACAUAGAGAUGGAGCAUCUUAAGAUUGGUGAUGUGAUUUGCCAGGCCGAUAAUCCUUUAGUACCCCUUAAGGAAUUUGAGGCGAAGAUUCUUGCAUUCGAAGGCCUUACCCCGAUGAUGAUAGAUAUUCACCGUGGGAGACUGAACGCAUCUGGUAGGAUAACCAAACUAGUUGCGACACUCGAUAAAGGCAAUGGCUCUGUAACGAAGAAGAAGCCGAGGCAUAUUGGGCCAGGAAGCCUAGCUGUCGUCAAUAUUGCUGUUACUGGGGCGCCCUUGCCACUGGAGAAGGGAAGCAAAAUAGUUCUUAGGGCGGAUGGCUUGACGGUCGCCGCUGGCGUUGUAGAGUAA